GAUGGUUAAUAGAAAACACCAUCUUCAAGCUUUAGAAACUUGUCACUACAUAGGUUUGUUUGCUACUUUUCUUACUGAAAACAACUUACCUCACUGUAGUCUUACUUUACUUUUGAGUUACAUGGUGAAGUACUGGCGGCUUGGUAGCCUAAAAGUACUUGGCAAAUAUUUGUCACUAAACUGAAUUUGAAUCAUUUUAUUUUGUAUAGCUCAACUUCAACAAAAGCAUACAAAACUGAAUCUGAAUACAAUUUUGUAUUUGAAUGAAUGUAUUAGUUUCAUUCAUUAUUUAAAUGAAUUCCAAUAAAUUGCAUCAGGGAAGUGGAAAGAUUCACAUGGCUACAUUUCAUGACCGCAUGCCAUGUAGUCGGAGGCGCAUGUUCUGCGAGAAGGUAUAGCCACAGUGACGGUUAUUUCGAAGUGGAUCCAAGUGAAUGGCAGUUAUAUUUGGCGGAUAGUACCCUGGCCUUUCGAAAUAUUAAGCUCACGAUAAAUAUGGCAGCCAUCGAGCCUCCCAGUGUAAGUGAAACUCAAGACUUGCCCGAGAAAAGUUCAACUUCAGACACAUCAGAUAGCUUGACAGCAUCUGCAGUAAAUGGCGCAGCGUCGAGUAAUAACCCUCAAGAACAUGAAGAGACAGCCGUUGCUGGCCCGAUCACCUCUACCACAAGUACCGCUGACGCCGACACUUUUUCGGACAGUGUUCAAACUAACCAACAGAGCACACAUCAUGCAACAUAUGUUGUACCAACAACUGUAUCGACAGUUCUUACUGGCAAAGAAAACUCUCAAACAGCAUUGGCAAUCGUCUCACAAUCAACUCAGAGCAACGCCGAUGCUUCAAAUUUGAAAACAGGAACGGUUGUGUCCCAAGCAAAACCAAGCACAGCUGACCAGAGCGGGACCCCACAAGCUCCACAACUUGUGGCACAAGUUGGACCAAUGACGACCAUGACUAAAGCACCGGGCAAAGCAUUAGUGAUAGCUGUGCCUAGACCAACAGCUCCACAGCCUACGCCUAGACCAACAGCUCCACAGCCUACGCCAGCAACACCGCGACCCCCGUCUACAUCCGUACAGCUACCCGCUAGCUUCCAGAUACCGCCAGGUAUGGUGCUCAUCCGCAGUGAUAGCGGUCAGCUGAUGUUGGUUUCACAGCAAGCUCUUGCCCAAGCCCAGCAGGGAACCAAAACAUCCAGCAAUGCUGCUUCCAGACCUCUAACCCCACAGGUGUCUGCAGCAACUACCAUCAAAAAGACAGACAACCUGUCUGUGAUCAGGGUUCCUCCCCCUCCCAACAUGCGUGUGGCCACCACAGCACAAAGAGCUCCUGUGAUUAAGGUGAUAGGGACGGCCGCUCCCACACCUCAAGUAGUCCAGGCACCACAUCCAAUUGUGCGGCCAGUGUCUCAGCCCAGACCCCAGACCCCCAUCGCGAAAACGAACGCCCCUAAUGUCGCCCCCACUACAAUCACACGGGAGACCUUGGAGAACGUGAAGAAAUGCAAGAACUUCCUGGUGACGCUGAUAAAGCUGGCUUCCAGUGGCACCCACUCCCCUGACAUGGCCAAAAAUGUCAGAGAGCUGGUCAGGAGUCUGCUGGAUGGAAGCAUAGAACCUGAGGAAUUCACCGACAGACUAUAUCGCGAGCUGAAGUCCUCUCCGCAACCAUACCUGGUCCCUUUCCUAAAGAAAAGCCUGCCCGCUGUGCGCCAGCUCACCCCGAAUCCCCAGCUCUUCAUCCAGCAGGUGGACCAACCCAAGCCCCAGGCUCCGGCCUCCAAGGGCCCCACCCCCACCGCCCGCACCCCUUCCCUGCUGUCCCCCAACGUCCAGCCCUCCGCCGCCAUCGCUGGGAGACAGCCUUACAAGCCGGCCCAGCUGGUGAUUCAGCAUCCCAGGGGUGUAGCCGGUAUGCCAGCUGUGACAUCAUCAGCCUCGUCCUGUAGGAUCCUGACUGUGUCUGACAGGACCGUGGCCAAACCCAUAGUCCUCCAGUCUGGACAGCACCACACAGGUGCCAUUUUCCGACGUCCGCCUUUCAAAGCCUUCGCCUCCUCAUCCCAGACACACACCUUUAAGCACAGUGGCGGCUCCUACAGAGAGGACGACGACAUAAACGAUGUUGCCUCCAUGGCCGGGGUCAACCUGAGCGAGGAGAACGCCCGAAUCCUAGCCACCGACUCGGCCAUGGUGGGCUCUGUGGUGCAGUCGUGUCGCGACGAGCCUUUCCUGCCCCCCGGCCCCCUGCUCACACGCAUCCUCCACGCCGGUGAGGCUGUGGGCGUGUCGGAGGUGGGGCCGGACGUGGUCAGCCUGGUUUCUCACGCCACUCAGGAGCGCCUCAGAGAGCUGCUGGAGAAGGUCACUGUGGUGGCACAGCACCGCAAGAUGGCCCUCAAGGAGGAUUUCCGCCACACACAGGUGAGCGACGUGCGCUCCCAGCUGCGAUUCCUGGAGCAGCUGGAGAGUCUGGAGAAGCAGAGGAGAGACGAGGAGGAGCGUGAGAAGCUGCUCCGCUUCGCCAGGAGUCGAUCGAACACAGAAGACCCUGAAAGACAGUUGCUCAAACAGCGGGCCAAAGAGCUGCAGCAGUUGGAGCAAGCUCAGCUCCAGCACAGAGAAGCCAACCUGACCGCCUUGGCUGCCAUAGGGCCCCGCAAGAAGAGGCCCCAGGACUCCACGGGAACCCAGGCUGGAGGGGCGAGCAGCGGCUUGUCAGUGCUGCAGAGGGCCGGUGUGAGGAGGGUCACCCGGGUAUCCCUGAGAGACCUGCUGUUCUGUAUGGAGCAGGACCCUGCCCUGCGCCACUCCCUGGCCCUGUACAAUGCACUGCUCUGAUAGGCUGACCCUGACCCUGGGGGAGGAGCCUGUGAAGCCAGGGCUGUCCUGUGGGUUGAGUCGCGAGCAGAUGAUAGGAAUGGCACAAAAUGUGCCUAUUUUUCCAGAUCUGUUUUGUUCCCUUUGUUUGUAAUAUUAUUAUUUUGAUUCCUAAGAAGUCUUUCUUUGUUGUUAUGCCCUGGGACUUGUUAGCUGAUGUGUUCGUGUCAGUCCAUAUGUCAGGAGUAUCUUCAAGUGGUUGACCAGCAUGACAGGUUGUCACAAUUGUCAUCUGUGCGGCCAAUAAAUCCACGUUUACGCAGUAUGCAAACCUUUUUCCGACUAUUCUCUCGAUGUUUCCCCGUGUCCACUUUCCUCAAUAAAAUUUCUCGUUGUGAAUGAGUACAUGGGUUAGAUUAAGUCCCAAAGUGUCUCCCUAAGCUAAGUAGGUGGAGACCCCAUGCUGUGCUAUAAGCUGUUGGCGCAUAUUCAGAGAGACAUUAUUCCAUUGUCUUGCCGUGCAAUAUUGAGAAGCUUCUGGCAUUCAGCCACCACCCCAGUUUGAGAAAACAGAAGGGCUAAAUGAAUUGGAAGUGAACAGAAUGGACCACUGCUCUUGGCGGGAACGACCUUACUGGAGGGCAGUGAAGAUCAGAGUUGUACUAAUUGAUUGAUUACUGUGCUCCCUCGGUAUUGUCUGGUGAAAUGUGCCAGCUCCAGGGGCCUCCUGUCUUACAUCAAAGACAAAGCCCUGUCAAAUCCAGGAAGAGGAAGACAAUUUAGCGGCAUUAAUAUGCAUGCGAGGCUCAUGUAUAUUGACGUAUUCGCUCUCCAAAACAAUUGAACACUGCAUUUUCCAUCUCGGCUUA